UUGAAUAAUGAUGGAGAAGGUGUGGUUGUGCAGAAAAUUGAGAUGACUUUUUUUUUGUUGUUUAUAUUGUUGAACUGUAAAAUUUAAGAGAACUGUUUCUCAAUGUACCAUACUCAACACCGUAUCGGAUUUUGAAAUGACAAUACCUUGUGUUUAGCGAGCGAGUGUGGUGGGGGGUUGGGUGGCGACCUGUUGUGGUUGUAGGAUGACAAGUUGGGCGGAAAGAAUGCAUCGAAGAGCAGCCACUUUCAGUAAUGUGGUAACAUCGUGCGGACACACCUCUGUUCCAUACCCUAGACGCUUGGAAAAGGUCAAGUUUGGUGUUCCGCUGGAUGAAGUGUGCAAGAACGACAUCCCUGGCCCCCUUCUCGUGCUGAUCCUGAAGCUGAACAAGGAGGCGCCCUUCAAGAAGGACGUGUUCCGGGCGCCGGGCCACCUCGGCAACAUGAAGAAGCUGGUCCACUUCCUGCAGGCGGGCCGCCUCGUCAACAUGGACAACUUCUCCGUGUACACCAUCGCGUCCGUGCUCAAGAAGUUCCUGCGCAAGCUGCCGGGCGGCAUCUUCGGGCGCGAGGGCGAGCAGGCGCUCUUCGCUGUCAUCGGCCUCGACAGCACGGAGGAGCAGCGCGACCAGAUACACAGGCUCAUCACGUCCCUCCCGGUGCACACCCAGCGCCUGCUGGUCCUCCUGUUCGGCACGUUCCGCGUGAUCGCGAUGAACGCCGAGCGCGCGCGCACGGGGAUGACCUCGGAGGCUCUGGGCGUGUCCGUGGCGCCCAGCUUCUUCCAGAGCUGCGUCAGCGACGGCAAGACGGCCAAGAUGGAGGACGUGCUGCGCUUCAAGGUGGCGACGAAGAUAGUGAAGUUCCUGGUGGACAACUUCGGCGUGAGCAACCUGUUUGGGCGCGACAACUACGAGUUCUACGCGCGCAUCACAGGCCGCAUCCUGAAGGUGGAGGAGGACUGGAUCUUCAGCUUCCGUUACCCGCCAGACACGCUCGUCUCACGGCAGCUAUCGCUCGAAGCAGAAAAGACAUGGCUGCAGUAUGAGUGCGAGCGGUGGGGACUAAAUUUCAACCUAGAAGCCAUGUCGCACCAGGAGGAGAGCCAGUCCACCCCCGCCCUCAUCCACGUGCCCGAGGGCUACGACGCGGGGCCGAGCACCUCGCUGGGCAUCAUCCCGGAGAACAACCUGCUGGAGAGCUACACCCGCCUGUCCAUCAGCCUCGAGGAGAACGGCCUGUUCAAGGGCUCGAGCAAGUCGUCGUCGAGCAGUGCGACCACCAGCCACCACAUGACAUUGGAGGAGCUGCGCGCCGUCAACCACUACGCAGAGAGCACCAAGAGCCUGUCCUACCUGCCGCAGGUCCACGAGCGACAGACGGCCCGCAUGAGGACCCGCUCCGAGUGGUUCCUCACGCCUGCAGAGGGCAAGAUGAUUCCUUGCAACACAGACAGCGACCCAACCUCCAUCCACGUCCUCCGCGGCUCCAACCGGUCCUCUUCCGGGAAUAUAGUGGGGGCGGGGCUGAGCGCGAGCGCGGAGUCGGUGAAGCGGCCCAGCGUGCGCCGCUCGUCCAGCCGCGACAAGUCGCGCCACCUGGCGCACCGCGGCUCCAGCCGGCGCAAGAACAAGGAGAACGGCGGCAAGCGCCCUGCACCGCCCGAGGACCGGCGCCAGCCCGCGGAGGGCUGCUCCGUCACGGAGCAGGACUGCACCGAGAUGGACGUGCAGACCUUCCACAUCACGCUCACGUACAAGCCACGGAUAUGAGGCGUGCAUGCCGAGUGAGUGAGUGGCGCACCCGUGUGGGGACUCAUGCGGUCUCUCCAUUCCAUUCUCCGAGACCCACGCGAACAUGUGCAGGUAUUCAUGAUUGAUUAAAUAAUGAUUUCAUGAGCAGAGACAAGAUUACAUGGUUUUAUUUUUAAAGCUGAUUUUGAUUUUAAAUCAUGCAAUUCUGGUGUUAUAAUUUUUAUAAAUUUUUUUCUCCUUAAAUUAUUUAACAAAUAUGACACAAAAAAAUUUUCGAACAUAGUGCUAUUUUGACUGAUACAUAAUGGACUAUUACAAUACAGUAAAAUAAUUUAAAAUAAGCAUGUCUAAGGCAAAACUGUUCGGAAUAAAAUUAAAUAGACACGCAUGUGUGUGUUUGAACAAUGUUGUUAUGUCAAAAAUGUUAAAAAUGAGUUACCAAUUAAAGAUGCAAGUUAAAACAAAAAUAAUUUUGUUUUCCAUUCUAUUUGGAUGGUACAUUUUGGUACAAACUUAAUAUACUGAUUAAAUUGCAUUCAUUUAAUUUAAUGUGUGAAAAUAUUACUUUUUGGUGUUUUGAGUUAAGUUUUGUUAAAAUGCUGGUUUUAGUUGUGUUUUGGUGCUUUAUGGUGUAUUGACUUGAAUUUUGGUUAUAUAGGGGUGCAUUGACACACUUUUUCAGUGUCAUUUUGGUUUUAUCGCAAUACACCACUUAAUCUUGUCCCUACUCAUGAGCUUGGUUGAAGUAUGCCUGAAACUGAAUCUAAUAAGUGGAGUACCUAUAUUGUCCGUAAACUCUAAGUUCUUAGGACAUCCUUCCCCAGUUCCACCCCCCCCCCCCCCCCCCCCUCCGGCUCCCACAGGGUGCGCCCCUGGACUGGCGAGUCGUGAUUCAUACCUGAACAUUUUGUCUGUUCUUGAGAAAUGGACCAAAAACAAAAUUAUUACACUGCCCUUAGUUAAUUAUUGUAUUUUAUUUUUGUUUCAUGAUUUAAUUUAUAUGUUAUUGUUAUUUAAUUUAUUAUAUUUCUGAGAAGAAAAGAAAAACUAUUUUGUGUGACAUUGUUUUUAUGUAAUUCAUAUUAGUUUGUAGAUGUUAAUUUUUAUAGAGUGAGUUUGUUUACAUCACAUUUAAAAUUGCAGGGAUACUGCAGUCAGACUGAAGUAUUAAAAUUUAGUUCAUCAGUGAGCACCAGUAGUUAAGUGCACGUUAUGUACUUGGUAGAAAUAUGUUGUCACUAAUCAUCACUACCAUACUCUUUAUUUGUACAUACAUUAUUUUAUAAUUUACAAUUUUUAAUGAGAUACUUAACAAAAUCAAAUUUAACUCGUAAACAUCUUUAAAGUAUUUUUUUAUGGUAGUAAAAUUUUAAUUUUUGAGUUCUUUUAUAUUUAUCUGUAUUAUAGAACAUUGCAGAUUGAUCCUCAGAUUGUGGUUAUGCAAGUAAACUACAGAAUUUUUGUUGCUGCUGUUUUGCUUGUGUAAAGCUAUAAAAUGAGUAGUAAUGUCAAAUGCUAUGAGAAGGCGCAUACUUAACAUGUUUUAGUCUAUACGUGUUGAUACAGUAGUUCUUAUGAAGUUGCAAAAAGACUGCAACUUAAUAUAGUGAGUUUAGAAUUUAUUUUCAGAUACAUACUACUAUCCUAUUAACCUGUUUUUGAUAGUUUAAUAGGGUUUGUUUUAUAAUUUUACCUUUGAAGUUAUUUUAGUAGGGGUUUAUUAUAUUUAAAAAUUUGAACAGUUUUAUUUAAUCAUAUGAAAACUUGCUAGUUUUAAAUUUUUUCUUUUUUUUCCCCCCUCACUUUUGUAAUGCUGAUAGUAACAUGUAGAACCAACUUCAUGUUAAUUCUGGGACAUUGAAAAAAUAAUUUCCAUCAGUUUACCUUACUUUUGAAACUUUGGCGGAAAAUCUGUAGUAAAGAAAAAUGAAUUGUAAACUAUUUUAUGAAUUUAAACUUUUGUUACUUUGAAAAGUGCAUAUAAGUAGCUUUGGGGGCUUGGUUAAAUUUAUUCCUGUAGUUUGAGUAAUUUUUUUUAUUGUGCUGUUUUUCUAAAAAAAAUUUCAGAUUCAACCUGAAAUACAAUUGGGGACCAGAGCUUAACCUAUAGCCAAGCACAUCAGUAAUCGAUUCGUAGAAAGUCAUGUGGUAAGAAAAAUAGGAAUAUCACCAUGUUUAUCAUUAGAGUGUGAUUUGGUGGUUCAACGUAGAACACUGAUCCUUUUGUCUUCCAAACAGAAGCCAGCCAAAGGACUGUAUUGACUGGCGAACCGUUGCAGGAGGUCUGACACUGUUAGUUGGUUCUUCUACUUCUACAGGGGCAUAAGCAUAAGGCGUGAGGCAGGAAACUCUGGCUUACUUGCAAGUGGUUAGCAAAAUAAGUCAACCAAUAGGGUUUACUGGCAGUUAGUUGCAUAUAUCUGGGAGGAGUGGAAAUUCUUUUCCCUCCUUGUGAAGUGUAAAUAUUGUGUUCUUCCUUGUGUUACCGUGUAUUCAAACAUAACGAAUAGGGACUAUAGGGGAAAACAGGUUUUUUUUAAGAAGUGAUAUUCUUCCUUUUUUUAUUGUUAUUCAAGAAAGAAGUUAAUCCCGUAAAAUGCUCCCCCUGCUGGCUGCAUCUCUUGCUGAUAGUUGUUGAUCUUUUGGCAGUUUGGUUCGCUCUCUUUCUACUUGCCUCCUUGGUCGAAUUCUUGCUGGUACCUGUGUUUGUGUGCCAUCUAUGACGAAGUAAGUUGUGGAGUGUGUCAGCAGCUCGGGCGGGAAUGUGUGCUGACUGUGUUCUCCCUCGAGGUGGGGAUUUGCAGGCCGGCACUUCGCCUCGAAUCCAAAUCGUGAAAUAAAAUCAUAAAAAGUAUCUUCAAGAUACCCCUCGAACCUGAAUUAGGUACAAAGGUCAAAAAUAAAAUAAAAAUAAUGUACAAAAUAUAUAACUUUUAUAUAUUGUGUUGAAGCAUUCAACACUUUAAAGUAUUCAUUUUUGCCAACUAAGUUUUUAGAAUCAAUACAUAUCGGUGGGUGUUAAUAGAACUUCUUUGUUGUCAGUGUUAAAUUUUUUGGAAUUUUUAUUCUUUGAAUUUGUCACAUUUACUCCAAUAUUUUUAUUUCAAUUUUUUUUUUAAAAACUUAAUAUAAAAUCUAUUUAAUACUAAAUAUUUGAUGGUAUUUGAGGAUUUGAUUGGCCCAUCCUUAAAUUUUAUCAAAUUAGGUGUCAAGUUCAUAUUAUUGAUUGUGUGAUGUGCAAUGAAGUUAGCGUGAGGGCAGACUGUGGCUGAGUCUCUGUCUUGACGGAUCCCAGCUCUGGUUGGGAAACACAGGCUGCUCUGUUCGUGUUUCUCUCAUCCCUGCGGGGCGAAGACCGCGGGGAGGGGAUGUGCGCAAAGGGGCAAGAAGCUCAUGAUUGCUUUCAAGCCGAAAUGCACUAAGGCUGAUACAAACACUGUGUCUGCUUUGCACCAGAACACACAUUGUGGCCAUAAUGUCUCGUUAAAAGAGUGCAAGCUUUAAAUUGGUUGCAGCUGAAGUUGGUUUAUAGUUUUUUUUUUUCAUUUGGAAGUUAAGAAUGAAUUUGCAUAAUAAUGAUAUGAAUAUUUGUAUGGCAGCUAUGCAGUGUCAUGCGUUCAAUGAAAUAAGCAAGUGCAGUCUGUAGUUUAGCAGAAAGUCAAGCCAAGGAACAGGAGUAAAUGGCAAAAGAGAAACAAAUAGAGAGCUUUGCAUACCUGGGAAGCACUGCAAAGACUGACUUCCGAAACGAAGAGGUGGGGGCACAAGAAGAUGAAUCUCACAAUCAUGUGAGGAAUGUGAGUGAAGAAAGAAGUGACGGGCAAGCAUAUAACGAGUGGGGCAGAAAUAGUCCCUAAUUCCAGGAAUUAACUGGAGGGGCUCCAGAGCAAAUGGAGGUGUCAGACAGGUGCCAUUAGGUCGGAGUAACAACGCCGUUUUCAGUAGUCGCCUUUUUUUAGAAAAGGGGAAAGUGUAGUGGCUAUGCAGAGGGCCUUUCGCAGCCGGUUCAAUUUAAAUUAUAACGACAGUGUUCCUGACUCUUAAACCAUUCGGAAAUGGAUCAGUAAUGUAAGGACGACAGGAUCUGCAGUUCCUAUGAAACCAGCCGGGCGACCUAAAAGUGUGAGAACUCCCAAAAACUUAGAGGCAGUUAGGGCGUCUAUUGAACAAUCUCCUACGUGUUCUGCACAGAAACACGCUGUUGUCCUAGUAAUAUCGUCCUGAAGAUAAGGCGAAUUUUACACACAGACCUUCAGUUACACCCCUAGUAGAUCAUGAUUGCCCAGCAAUUGAGCUUACAAGGCUGUGUGAAAUGAAGAUAUGCUUGUAAUGCAAUCCUAACAGCUGUACCCCCCGGCGCUGUUCUGUGGACAAGCGACGAAGCACAUUUUCAUCUUAGCUGUACAGUAAUCAAGGAAAAUUGUCGUUACUGGGCAACUGCAAACCCUCGUGAACUGCACCGAAGACCACUUCACAGCCCGAUAGUGACAGUGUGGUGCGCUGUGUCCUCAAUAUGCAUAAUUGGGCCUUUUUUUUUUUUUAAGAAGGAGGCUCAACUGUAACUAUGACUUAAGCACGCUAUUGUGAAAUGCUGGAGAACUUUUUACGCCCAAAAAUGGAGAGUAUGACAGGGAAUAUGGCAGAGAAGUUGUGUAGUUUCUGCCCGAAGUUUUGCAAGAAAGGUUUCUCGGCUGCCUGAUCACCUUAUGAGGGGAUGUUUCAUGGCCCCCUUGCUCUCCGGAUUUGACCCCUGUGACUUUUUUUUUCUAUGGGGCUACUUCAAAGCUGCGGUUAACAAAGUUCGACUUCGAACCUUGAAAGCUAUGAAGGAGGCAAUUGAGUACGUAAUCGUUCGGAAUUCCACAAGACAUGUGGACAAGAGUGGGUUAAAAUUUUAUUAAACUGCUUAAUAUGUGCAUUGCCUGCCAGGGCCACCACUUGGACGUUAUUAUCUUUAAAAGUUAAGCAAAAGAAAUUGGCAUAAUAUGGGUUUUUAAUAAUAUAAAAUCAUUUUUCUUUUAUCUUCGAACUGGUUUUUUCACAUUUCACCUGCCAAAUCAGGGAUUGUAUUCUGCCCCAUUCUGUAUAUAUUGUAGGAGUUCUACUAAUAAAAAUGGAACAGAAAGGUGGACAAAGACAGAGACUGACCAAGAUGAAAAUAAAUUCCUGAGAUAGCAUCCAAAAAUAAAGUAUGUUGCAAAAGAUAGGAUAGGGCACUUACUGAGAUAGUGGAAGAGGUUACGACAUAAUUUGGGCAUGUUAUUUUUUUUUAUUCGGGCUCUAAAGUCUUGUAGACGGCAAGGUCAUUAAGAGAUGACUCACCGCUGCACAUAUCAGGAAUAUUGAUGAAGGAAUAGGCCAAACCUGCAAACCUAACUGUAAGGAUUCGUCUCAGUGUUCACCUGGAAUGAUUUCAAGGAAACUAGUAGACAUUGAGUAGCUGAUGGUACAGCGCUAUCCCAUCGACUGUUCCUUUGGCUGUCAUCACAGUGCUCCCGGGUUGAUUUUCUGUAAUUAUUACUGGGUACGGAACUAGGGAGUGUUAUUUAUUAAUUAAUUUAUUAAGUAAACAGAGACACACAAACCCUAUUGUGUUUAUCAGCAUUUCACACUAUAAAUAUUGCUAGCUCAUGUAAUGAGCUUCAAAUAAUUACAAUUUCUGAAACUUAUUAUAGCAUUUCCAAAAUAAAGUUGUUUGCAAAUCUGUGCUAUUUUUAAAUUAUUUAAUGUGUGUAUCAGCUUGUAACUAUAUAAGAAUGAGUGUUAUUUAUUUUGUAGGGUCUAGUGAAAAUGAAAAUCGACACAUAGUUAACCCGGCUGAGGCACGGUCUACAUGGACGGAACGGGGCUGACACUCGAAGGAGCCGGCUGCCCUACCCGAGGGACAGACCUGGCGUUCCGGUGUAUUUGGCAUAAACUUAAUGUUUGUUUUACACUUGUUUUAUUUUUGCUUCUUUAGAUGUUGAUAAGCAUGUCACAAAUAAAUAAAUAAAUUUGUUGUGUGGAUAAAAAUGAUUACCAAUGGGUGUGCUGAAAUAUGGCAGCACUGCUAUCGCAGCUAGUUAUCGCCACUUCGUGACAUAAGAAUCACUCUGUAGUGGAAGGGAGGAUUAGAAUAAGUGAGUACAGGAGAUGCAUAGCGAGGUACUGCAGCGGGAAGGCGUCGGACGUGCUUUGAGGAGGACUUGGGUUUGAAUCCUGGUUCUGGUGUUUCUCGGUUUCUGGAAAUCUCUCCUGGGAAAACGCGGGGACGGUUCAUUUCGCGACAGGUCUCGUCAGAUUUUUUUCCCCCAGAGUCCAUGAUUUGUGUUUUGUGUUCACGUCUCUGACGACACGCCGUUGGCAAGACGUUAAGCACACUUAAAGUAAAAAGAUGUCAGUUGACCUGUUGAACUUCAAGGGUGGUGGUCAGCGAUUAAAGUGUGCCAGCUUGUCCAUGCACACGCAAUCCUUCCUUACCCUACAUCUCUCACCAGCGUGUUACCCUACCCCGCAUCCACUAACACAACACUCGAGCUGCUGAUAACAGCCAUCACAUCAUUGCUUUAGCACACAUGGAUGUUCAGAACCGUCUUCGCGUACUGUCUGUUGCUUAUGGGCAGGAGGGGGCUGUAAACACGUACCAAGUUCAGCAUCUUGAAACGUGGGUGGCAUUGUGAACUGUGCAGGCGAAUGUGGUGUGUUCAUUGGCACUGUAAUGAUUUGUUUGGGCUUCACCAACUACUUAUCACAGUGGAACACAAACAGAAAACUACUUGUUCCGUGAGAAUAUUUUUGUAAGAUAACUUGCUUGCAAAUUAAAUUUACAUGUAGCGACUUUAUUUUGUACUUAAGUAUUAUCAUUAAAAGGUAAUUUCAAUUUCAAAUAAAUGAUAACUAUAGUCUCUAGCUUAUAAAUGACACAGCAUAAAGGAUGAAAUUAGCUUUUCAGUUAUGAAAGUUAAAAAAUAAAUUUACACCUUUAUAUAAGACCCGUGGAAGUAACACAACCUUGCUUAUUCUCACUCAAUCUAAAAAAAAAUUUGUUGGGUGUUACUUUAUGGGGAAUCACGUAAUUAGGGAAGUUGUACAAAAAAGACUGAUUUUGUUUUGUUCUCUCUCAGUUAAGAAUUUCGGAUUUGAAGUUGUGAGACAGUUAGGGAGUUAGGGUGUUUUCUACACUGCCUCCUAGUAGAAAGGUAGAGGAUUAGUCAAUGCCUGGCAUUUGUCAGCCAGAGCAAUUUUGAAAAGAAAAAAAGAAAAGAAGGUAGUUCUGUUUUAACUACCUCGCUUAUUAAAACUUACAGCAUAGGACUACAGACCAUAUCAUAGAGUAAAUAAUAAACACGUGAGGGUUGUAGUGUGAAUACAUGGGUGGAAAAAUAAGGCCUAGUCAAGUCAUUAUAAAAAAGCAUCUUCUUCACCCUUCCUUACUUUCUACAUAUUCAGUCAGUCUCCAUGCAAAAGCAGCAUAAGUACCGUAGACUCUAAACUAAAGUGAUAUAAUAGGUACUAUAAGAUAGUUGCAGCUUUAAGAGCUUAAAAACUUACAUAAAAUUCUCUCCUUAUUUUCCAGAAAAUAUGACAAGUGUAACUUUUUUUAAAAAUGAAUUCUAACUACAAUUUCAAAAUGCUGCACAGAAAUUUUGUUAAAAUAUGAGUUGUUAUUAACAAUAUAAGUAAUGAAAUAAUUUUUUGUUUGUUUUAGUAGAAAAAAUAAUUUAUUCUUAGUAACAGUGUCCGACAAAAUGGUUGGAUCAUGACUGAUACAUCACAAUUGGCAUUCUACUGACGUCAGUGAUGAAAUAAACUCAUGGCUGAGUGACAUACAUUUUGGCAAAUGUAAUUUGAACAGCUGCCUUAGAUUACUUUCCGUUUGUGCAUUUUUGGUGAUUAGAAUCCCUUUGCGGACAGUAUAAUGAGAAAUGAGUACCGCUAAACUUGCUGUUUUAAGAUUGAAAUGCCUUUCAAUGAUGUGAGUAGCACACAUAAUAUAUAACAAGACUGUUAGUUAAAUAGCUUCCAACACUUACCGUUAGUUGCCAGUAAACACAAUUGGCCAAGGACUUUAAACCUUUACCUAAGUUCAGUAACAAUAGUUUUAAUGUACCAUGCCAAUUUUAGAAUAGUACCUAUACCUGGUCAAUGCCAGCAAGAUUCUUUUACAAACCCCAAGCAUUCUUUUUACAUACUGACGUAUUGCUUAUCUUACCUGCAACUAUGUUGUUAUCCUAAGGUGGACUCAGCAGUUAUACUCAGAGAUAAAGGAAGCAAAACAAAAUCAUGUCUGUUUUUGCUAUCAGCACAUAUGCUUACACAUCUCAAUGUAGGAAUAACAGUUAGGUGAAAGAAACUAAAAAAAAAAAUCCCAUAGGAGAAAUAUCCUUACUGGAAUGAUCCGCAGAAUGCAGGUACUCUGUCUUAUGAUUUAUUAGAGUUACAAUAAAUCAUGUCUUUCUUAAGUAAUUCUUCAUGUCAUGUCAUAUCACCAAAAUGGUUUUUUAGCUCCCACUUUAGUCGGAUCAAGAGCAUGAUCGAGCUUUAUUAUUGGUAAGUAGCAGUUUGUUGUUCAAUUGUAAAAAAAAAUUGCUAUGUUCUUAACUGAGUAGCUACGUGAUUUUUUUAGCAUUUCUUUUUCUUGAGUCCCGUGGUAGUAAAGUUGUGGCUUUCUUGUUUUGCAGUCUGGAUCUCUGUGUGAGUGAUGGAGCUACAAAAGUUUCUAAUACAGAGAUGUAUAAAAAUUAUUGUUUGGGAAAAGUAGGGGGGGGGGGGGGGGGGAGGAGUUGGCAUGAGCGAGUAUGUAUCAAGAAAAUGAUGCAUUUGAUAGAUUGUCUGAAACUACUUUUUUUUUUUAUAUAAGGGUUCAAAGUGCAAUGUUGAUAGAAAAUAUUGAUUUUGAUUUGAAGUUGUAUCGGGGAAGAGAAAUAUUAAAACACAGUAAUGUGGAAUUUACUUAUAAAAUGUCCAAGUUAUUAUGAGGGCUAAAUCACUGCACCUUCUCGUUCCAUUGCAUGUUGUAUAUCAUGGUGCGGCAAAACAUGCAGCUAUGCAGAUAUAGUAGUUUAGUAGUAUAUUUCAUAUAUCCUAUUAUUAGUAAUUAAUAAUUUAUUUAUUACAAAAUGAUAGAAAAAGUAAUAUAAUUUGGAAUGUGUGUUUGUAUAUUCUGUACAGUUUGAAAGUGCUGUAUGCUUCUGGUAUUACAGAAAAUAUUAAGUUUAAAAAUUAUAUAUAUAUCAUUCCAUGUGUGACAGGUUGGUAUAUGGUUGUGUGUAUUGUAUAUGGUGUGUAUAUUGUAUAUUUGUAUGUUGUAAUGUAUAAUGUGAUUAUGCAGGUUUUAAAUAUUGUAUUGUUAUUGCAAUACGCUUGAAACACCAACAGACUUUUAUAGAGAUACUGACGACUUAAAAGAAAUUCCUGUUUUGUACUAAAGAACUGCCUGCUGUUUGCCUCAGUUAUUGAGCAGUCAGCAAGUUUACAUUUGUUGAGAUGAACAAAAAAAAAAGGUAAUGUUUUUUAUUACUUAAUGCCAACAUGCUACCAUCAUGUAUGUGUUUGUACUUGUAUCAUGUUCAAAGUUGUUGCAUUUAUUUGUAUAUGUGGAGCACCAAAGAUGAUUUUUUAAAAUAUGUAGCAAUGUUUUAGUGUUUUUGAGGUGUAAUUUUCGGAUCAGUAUUUGUGGUCCAUGAAUUUGCUGCAAUUUUGAAUGUAAUUACAUAAUACUUUUUACAUUUCAGUGGGAUUUUACUAACAAUUUUAAUUAAAAUUGUCAAAUGUCUGAACUAUGACUACGAGUGGUGUUCCUGUUUUGAUUCUUGGUACUCUGGAAACUACAGUUUCUUGAAAUAAGUUAUUGUAAUUAAUAGAAAGUCUUGUACCGAUACAAUCCGUCAUAUUUCAUGCUUAUUGGAAACACCCAUUCUAAACAGUUUUUUUACUGCCUAAAUUUAUUUAAAAACAAUAUUAAUAAAGUAUUUGGGUUGGAGUGUCAGAUAAACACUUCAAAAAAAUGUUCUUUGCCUGAAAAAGAAAUAGUUUUUGGAAGUAGAAAAUUUUUAGUGUUUUGGUUUCAGUAUUUUCUUUCGGAAAAGCUCAAUUUGUAUGAUGCUAUGGAGACCCUAUGCAUGAGUAUUGUAAGAAUGUUCACUCCUAGAAGUGCCUGAACAAUUACCAGUUCAUCUGUAAGUCAGUUACUUACUGAUGUAUAGUUUUCCAUGUGAAUCUCUGUACCCUUCAUUAAAGCUAUGCUACAAUACACCUAACUGUAACUAUUUCCAUAAGAGUUGAAUUCGUAAUAUUUUAUUAAUAUGUACUUGCUAGCCAUGCAAAACAAUAGCCAUAAUCAUUGCCAACACCUGAUUAAGAAGUUGGUAGACUUAUAAUAUUUUGUGCAAUAUCCUAUUAAUCACAAUCACAAUCAUCUCUCCAAACUUCACAUGACAAAUUCAAAUCAACCGUACACUUCUAUUCAUGGAAAUGGAUAAUCAGCUUUAAUAAUGCUAGUUUUUUUUUCACUUUUGUUAAAUGUAUUUUUUUUACCCCCUGUAGUUUUGAAUCAUUUGGGAAUCUAAUUUAUGAAGAAAACUUAGCAUGAGUAAGUGAGCAAAAAACGUCACAUCUAGUUUUGUUAAUUUUAUUGUAGCAAGGCAUUAAUAGUGGUGAUAGCUAUCAUCAUGAGAAUGGGUACUUCUGGUAUUAGAGUUUAUUUAAAUUCUUGUGUGGAACUACCCUCAGCCUUCUCGCAACAGCUGUAAAUAAAACAUAAUUGUAUAUCAUAGUUUUGGAUUUAAGGAGGCAUAUACACACACACACACACUCACACACUCUCUCUCUCUUCAAAAUUAAUGUCUUACACUCUGAAAAAUUAUUGAACUUGCAAGGAACACUAAAUUAUUUUUUUUUAUAUAUAUACCCAGUGGAUUCCACCUCCAACAUUAGGGUGGGUAAAAUAAAAUGAAGUUUUGAGUAUAAAAUUAUAUUGCAUGUUCGCUUGCUAAUAAACAGAAAAAUAAUGAAAAAAAGUGUUUUUAGUCUUCAGUUCACACAAACAUCCUAAGAUAGAAAAAAAUUACAAAAAGUGCUAAAGUGCAGUAUAAAUUUAUUAACUUCUAGUAGCAGGAAAGUUUAUAAUUUUUGUACCCUGAUAAUAUAAUUUUUUUUAAAUUUAGCUGUACAUUUUAAGUUUAGGCAUAAUGUCUAAAUUUGGUGUAUUUACUAAUUUAAGUGAAGAAAUUAAAAUAGUAAAAUUUGAGCAUGAAGGUAAAUUUGAUGUUUUUGUAAUAUUUGUCUUAUUUAAGGUCCUUUGUGGAGAGUGAAGAUUAAACAUAGGAAUGUUUUCAAAAAGUUAAGUUUAUUAUCAUGCAAAUUCACAACUUUCUGCACCAUGAUAAUUUAGUACUUGAUAUUCACUUACUUUGACCCUUCUAUACCAAUAGUGAAGGUCACAUGGCAUCAUAACUAGGUGCACUUUAAAUUGUAAUGUUUCUCUUCAAGACUAGACAGUUGUAUAUGUGUUUUUGACGUGACGUCUAAUAAAUCGAUGAAUGCCGGCUGCACGCACAAAAAGUGUCCCGUAACGCACAUUGUCCCACUACAAUGUGUCCCGUUACUCUCAUUGUACGCUUGCGCCGCAUCUAUCACUCUUCCACUCGAUUGGAACAACCAUCGAUUUGACUUUUCAAUUAUGUUUUCGUCGUUUGAAUUAUUAAUAUUAUGUAAUUUAACGAUUGUCCACCGAUUUUCAGUACAAUCGGUACGGUUAUUUAAAAGUAAUGUUGAAUUUUCAAAUACGUUUUUGUAUGAACAAUGGUGUUUUACAGUUACACAUAAUAAUUGAAAUUACACCCGGGAUGUUUUGCACAAUGUUUUAAAAAAUAUUGUAACACAUUAUAAAUGUUUUUGGUGUAUUUGGAAUGCGUAUUUGUUAUAAAAUCAUAUUAUAAAAAAUAAAAAAAUAUUAUUCUCCUAUGGUGCUGUCAUCUACGGUGACGGACGCGAACCGAACGAAUCGCGCUAUCUAACUGCUUCCGUGACAACCAGGCACUCGUUAAUACAUAUUUUCCUUUGUUUAUCGCGAGGGGUGUUAUUAUUAAUGAAUUAUAAAUAAAAUUUCGUGCCCGGGGCCACAACUGCAUAUCAUUUUGAGCACUGGAAGACAUAAAAACGUAAAAUAUUCUCGACAAUUUUUAAUCUCGGCCCCAUCGCACCACUAGUGUCUGGGUUGGAGAUUAAAGCCAAAAUUCUUUCUUAAACUUACUAAUACAUACUUAUUUUAUUAAUUGCAAGGGCAUUUUUAUUAAAUUCUAUGUUUAAUUUCACAACGAACAAACUUUGUCGUUAAAUGUGUAAUUGCGAAAAAGCGUAAAACAUUCUCGACGAUCUUGAAGUUAAAUAGUAAACAUGUAUAAAAGUUAUAGUUAAAAUAAUCUCUUCGUUAAAGUAAUAAACAUAUUUGAAUUAAUGAGUGCAAAUAAAAGUAAAUUUAUCAAUUAAAUUGUAGAUUUAAUUUCACUCCAUCUUUGUAUCCAUACAAAAUAGUGAUAAUUCGAUAAAAAUGAUUCAAUUUUAUUCAUAAAAGUAUGCAAUCAUUUCAUCAAUGUUUUGUUAUGACGUCACGUUAAACUAUCGUCCGUAAACCGACUUUACAGACAACCAAUUUUUUAUUUUAAUUUUAAAUAAGACUUGUCUUGUUGUUGUGUGUGUAUUAUGCUCAGAAUAUGUGACAGUGUUUAAGAUAAUCUGGAUGGUUUAUUUUUAUCACAGUUUUAGGCCUACUCACCUAUAAUUUUCUACGGACUGUUUUAUUCUUAGGAUGAAACAAAAUUUUAUCGGUGAUAUGUGUACUGCAAUUUUCUGCAUUAAAAAUUUAAACCUUGUAUGUUAUAAUGUUUCAGAAUUAAUGUGAUUGAUUAAUUGGUUCAUGAUAAUAAGUAAUUAUUUUUACAUUUAUUACACUUUUGACUUUUAUAAUUUUGUAGUUUUGUCAGCCUGGCACUCAAAAGUGUAUGUAUGCAAGUUUCCGUAGUGUUAUUACAAUAGUUUCAAAAUAACGAAUUUUGAAGUAUGUACUUUAACAAAGAAAAACUAUCAAGUAAUGUUAUAAAAAUAUUUUUUACUUCAAAAUAUAGUUUCUGUACUUAAUUCUUAAUUUGAAUUAUCAAGUAGGUUUAGCUAUGCAUUUACAUUUGAAGGUUUAUUUACAUCUUUUUUUAGUGUAUGCCUUAACUUGGCUAGUUUUGACCAAUACAAUUUGAUCGUGCCUCUAAUCCCCACAUUUCUUUUAUCCUAAGAUCAGCAAGUCAAACUUCCUGGUUUUAUAGUAAUCUUACCCUCAAAUGUGAAUGCUAAUCUCCUCUAAAGACACACAUUAUUAAAUAACAUAAGUGUAUUAGGCAUUAUUAAUAAGUUUUGUUUGAAGAGUUUGCUUAUGUACAUUUUGUUAUAAAUUAUUUAUUGUAUUCUUUAUUUCUUGGCCAAAAUUUGAAAGGAAAUUCCUUAUAACUCCUUUUUCAUAAUUCAUUCGAAUCGUCAAUUCUAAUCACAUUGAUACUAUAGUAGUGUAUGGUAUCUUCAUAGUUUCUGUAUUACAUUGAAAAAAAUAACCUAUUGUUUGACCUGCUUAAUUUUUCCUAAGUUUUGCAGAUAUUGCAAAACUUUUACGAAACCAUUAACACAAUAUUCCUUUUUUUGGGGUUAAAUGAAACUUUAAAUUUAAAGUAUGUAAAAAGAUUUUAUGGUCAAAAUGAAUUAAAAAUUGUGAUAUAAACUAUAUGUUGGUAAUGGUUGAAAUAGUUCAUUUGUAAAAUACAUUCUAUCGAAUUGCAUUCUAGUGUGCUAUUUGGGAUGAUAAUUUUUUACUAACAUAUUUACAGUGUCAGGCAUCACUGAUGAAUACCCUUUUCACUGUUAUAAAAAAACAAUGGACAAGCAGUUUGUGACAACUGUUGACAAAAUGUCACCAAAAUCGGCAAUCUCUAAUAUACUAUGCUAUCUGUUGUUAAAUGCCCAAUGUUAGAAAAUUUUACUUUGGUGAAUACCAAAUUAAAAAAAAAAAAAUGAAGUUUAAAAAUUCAAAGUAAUUAUAAAACACACAGUAAAACACAAUUUAGAAGUUUCUUUUUGAAACUCAAACAAUUUUGCAGUUGGUCUAUAACCAAAACUUCGACUUUUUGAGAAGUUUUAUUGGUUAAUAAGACUAAAUGUUUUAAGUUACUCGAGAAAGUGUAUAAUAGAGUUUUACAGUAUUUAAUGAGUACAAAACAUUAUUCUAAUAAUGCAUUUGUUAUAUUUAUGGAUGUGUAAUAAUGGUUAGGUACAUGUUAAAAGGCACUUUCAAAAGCUAUACCAGGUUAACUCAAUCGUGAAAAUUUACUCAAACGGCUUGGAAAUGUAAUCCCGAGUAGUUUAUCCACAACCAAAAUCUGGAUCGGGUCAACUGGAUCCUUUACUCAAUCACCUCAAUUUUACUCUGCAUGAGCAUAGGGUAAAGUAGAGCAAAGCAGACUAAAUUAUAAAAAUAACUAAAGUAUAAGCAUUUUUUGACGAGAUCAAUGAAAAUUAUGACCAAGAAAAGAUUCAUAAAAUCACAUUAAUUAGUCAAUGAAGGUAUGUAAUGAAGUUUUUUUUUCAUUUGAUGAAAAUUUGUUGAUUAUGUUUUUCUAUGCAGUCUAUAGUAAUUUUAUUAGCCGAAAACUGUGUUAAAAUUUGACUACUUUAUUUUAACAGUUGCAACAUAAAAACUCAUCAUAGUUUUAUAAAUGCAGCCAUUUCAAAACUUUUAAGAAAGUAUACUUGUUCGGAAACUAAGUGGUUAAUCCGCUAUGAUAAAGUAAAAUAAACUUAGUUACGGGUCAGAGGUGGGUUUUCGUAAGCACCUUAAAAGAUAAUCACAAGCUUUCGCUGUUGCUUUUGGUUUUCUCGAGCGUGUGGCUUCAACCCGAGAGCCACGACAGCCGGUCAACAUGUGUACUAGCUUCAAACAGAAAUCAUUGAAAUGAAUCUUAUUUUUAAGGAGUGUACUUUAUUGAAAAUGUUUUUGUGUAAUUGUUAAGGUAUGAUUGUAGGUGCUGUGUUCCCUGUGUACCAAGAAAGGCUUUCGUAUAUCUGUUAAAUGGCUCUUAACUGGUCAGAAAACUUUUAUUGAGAUGUCGAUCAAUGGCAUUGAUAUUGGUAAUCAUGGUUCAGUUAUCAUUUGCUUCAUAAUGGAGCUUGAAUCUUUUAUGUAAAUUUUGUUGAUAGUGUGGCAAGCCCUCUACAGAGGGAUGUCUUGGUGUUUGACUGUGUGGUGUAUUGUCGGCUCAAAAAUGUCCCGUCUGUGUAGAUGAUGAUCUUGUGUCUGUCCGUCUGUGUUGUAACAUGUACCUCAUUGUCUGUGUGGCGUCUUUCUUAGGCAGUUCAAAGAAUGUGUAAUUUUUUUUUUUUUCACAGUGCCACUUAAGUGGUGUGUUGUGUACAUCACAGAAUUUUUGAUGUAAAAAAGAGGAAUAGUUAAACUGAAACCAUUUUAUUGUAACAUUUACAUAUAAGAUUUCAGUGUAUUUUAAAAUUAUUUACUGUUUCAUAUAUGCAAAGAAUAUUCUAUAGGGGAAUAUACUUUAUCAAAAUAAAUUAUGGGAAUUUGAUACUCAUA